AUGCAUCCCGAUCACCGACCAGAGCCUCUGAGGCUGGGCACAUUGUCCCGUUCGCGCAGCGCAAGCACACCGAGCGAUUUACAUUUCUCGAAGAAGAGCGUGCUAUCCCCGCCUCCAGUGGUGCCUAGCCCUGCAUACGUUGCCGCUUCGGCCGCUAUUCAAAUCAUCAGCGCAGGUGAGCACGAUGCCGAUCUGGACGGCGAAGAAGACGCAGGAUUUAGCCAGUCUGUCUCUGUGACUCCUCCAUCCCUGUCGCUGCUGAACGGAUUCUUGGACCAUAUACUAUUCAACAUUCUGGCUGUAUCCAAGUCAACGAGAUUGAGCGCAAUCCGGCCGGCCAUCGCUGAGGUCCUAAAGCCUCGAUUUGCCAAGGAAGUUAUUGCUGCUGCUGACGACGAGCUCAGCGAAUACAUGAGCGGUGAAGAUGAUGAGGAAGAAGAGUUUGGCGGAAAUCGCGAAUCGCAUGAUUUCGACCUCGUCCGCUCGUGGAAACUGACCCGUCUACGCUGUAUGGUCUAUACACGUCUGGGGGACAUGGAAGAAGAAGAUGAGGACGAAUAUAUUGAGCGGGAAGGGCUCAACGACAUGGACGCUGCGCACCAACGAUUCUCAACCUAUCUGGGAACUAUCACACCAGCGGCAGCUAUUUUCCUCACAUCCAUCAUUGAGUAUAUCGGCGAGCAGGCCUUGCUUAUCGCUGGAGAGACGGCUCGAUCCCGCCUUUCCUCGAAACCCAGCAGCAUACGUGAUGGCCAGGUCGAGUCUAGAACCGGUCGUGACUAUCAGCUCGUCGUCGAGGAGAACGACAUGGAGAAACUGGCGCUAAACGCUACCCUAGGACGUCUAUGGAGAACAUGGAGGAAGCGCAUUCGCACACCAGCUCUGGCUCGGACACUUUCUCGAGAAUCCAUGCUUCGCAGAGGCUUCUAUACACCAUCCAGUGUCAACAGUAGGAAGAGCAGCGUGGCUACCAUCGAGGAAGCCCAGAUCCGCGAGUUCGCUACCCACCCAUCAGCACAAGAACAGGAGAAAGUCGAUCCUGCUUCAAUAGCUUUGCCGAUGAGUGAAAACGAUGUAACCGAAAUCGAAAUACCAGGACUAGCUGCCAACUUUGAAGAUGAAAUCCAGACAAUGGAGGCAAGAGUGGCCCACAAGGUCAGGCCUCGCAGUUUGAUGGUAGUUUCGUCGGUUGGUGGUGUAUCAAGUCAAUCAUCUCCUGCUUCUGCCUCCCCUCGUGUUCGCUCCGCUGUGGAAUUGAGCUUUGGCAGCCAUAAUCGAGGCUGGUCGCUACCGACGCCUACUAAUCCAUCUCGCCCGAACCGAACGCCCGACGAGCGUGACACUGGAGAUGAAUUUGUCACUCCUAGCGAAGAGAAACCACAAUUGGAGACGAUGUACGAGAACGAUGAGAACACAGCGCCCACCGAACGGGACGGGGCUUCUGUCGAAGAAAAAAGUCUCUCCGAGGGACGCAAGUCAUUAGAACAUACAGUGUAUGCACGUCCCGAAGAAGUAAAUAUCGACAAAGGUGUUCGCGCAAAAUCGACGGAAGUGGCAGAACCUGUCGGUCAACCUACUAGUUGGUUCGAUAGUCCAUCGGCCGACGUCGGUACGGUGGAGCAGGAGGUUAUCGAAGGGCAAGGGACGUGCGAGAAGCAAAACCUAUCGUCGUCUGUGCAACGACCUAAGAGAAAAUCAAGCAGGGAGGUUUCCGUUAAAGCCAGCAAGUCUACUCUGGUCCAGGAGCCUAGCGAGUCUAUCAUGCAAGAUGCCGUUAACGAAGAGUCAUCUUCGAUGCAAGCCACCAACUCCUUGCGUGAAUCCAACGCCGCAUCCGCGCCACCAAACGUCAAUCAUAAGGAGACCAAAAAAUAUGCUCCGCAGAAACGGGAAUCAAAGAAUAUCAUAAAUGCGACAGCUGCUAAAUCAGAUCACAAGCAAGUCAACGGUGGUACCGCUCCAUUGUCCCCUACCCCGGAACUCACUGAGGUCCCAGAGUCACCCAAAAGACCUCCUCCCCGUCACGUCUCCCAUUCUUCAGAGAGCAUUAACAGGCUUGCUUCAGUUGCUGAUGAGAGUGAGCGCUCUUCUCGGUCUCGCGCCCGAUCACGGACGAAUACUCGAGCUUCCAGUGGGAGUCGGCAUCGCGACGAGCGCUCAAGUCCUGCGGUUGGAACGCCCUCUGAGAGAGCUGGCGUCCAGCGUAUAGCAGGACCCCCUGCUCAGCGAGAAUCGAGUAGACGGCGAUCAGAAAGCGUCGGUCGUCCGGCUACUGCGAGCUCAACGACAUCCAGCAAACUAAAGGGAUUUAUGGGCCGCUCUCAAUCAUCCCAGGGUUCAAAUCGCUUGCGUAGUGCAUCCCAAGCGAGUAGAUCGUCCGAGAAAGCUGGUGACGUCGUGGACGAGGACAAGUCCGAAUUGGAUCAGCUUAUCGAUAGCCAAGAGACUAUACAUUACACUCUCACACCUCGCAAUAUGAGGAAAAUGGAUGCGCCGGACACUCGGAAAUUUGACGCACCACGGUCCAAUACUCUGGAACUUGCUGAGUUCUUGAAGAACACGGCUCCUCCUGGAGAAGACCAGACCCGACCUAACAUGAGGGUAGUCAACGGAUUGCGGGCCAAUCCGCCGGAAAAAUCUGUGACUGCGAAAUACAAACCGAUUGAAAUACCCAUGUCAGCCUCUACUUCCGCAAAGGCACCCAAUUCGAAGAAUGUGCAGCCGCGAGAUGCUCGAUCAACGGUUCAAUCGACUCGCGACUUUGCUGACUUUCUUCGCUCGACUGGACCGCCCGGACAGCCAGUCAAGCCACAUCUGGCGUCCGGCUCCGGCGCGCAUGAUGUGGAAUCUAGAACACACACCCCUCUCUCACAGCAGCGUCCUGGUACGCAGUCGUCAAGACGGACCGGUCCUCGCCUGCAAGCGCGCCCAGCCACAGCCUCCAAAGAGGACCAGACAUCCGAUCUUAUUGACUUCAUACGAGAAGGACCUCCCACGGCAGGCGCUCGUCGUAUACCUAGAACAGUGGCACCAUUCAGAAAUACAAUGGAUUCGGAUGAGCUUCUGUCCCUCGGGCCUCGCGCUGACAAAGAAGCUACAGCAACGAGUUCCACUGGCAGCACCCGGAACAGUUCAAUCAACGCUGCUUACUCUGACAACUCACGUACCGGUCUGAUGGAGUCUGCAAACCGUGCGAAUGUUAGGAUAAGCCCAGCUGUCCAACAGUCUUCUUUGCCCAAGGGAAAGCCAAGUGGUUUCCCUUCUGAGGACGAUGAUAUGCGCCCUGUGAGAAAACAGCGGAGAGUUCGCGAUCCUUAUGCCAUCGAUUCAGAAGACGAAGAUGACCUGGAGGAGUUACUAGAGGGGCCCAAGGCAAAGCCCCAGCGCGAGGAAGAGAGCCUGCUGGAUUUCUUACGGAGCGAACCUCCCCCGGACUUUGGUACUGAUAGCGCCCCUCCGCAGCCGUUCAUAAUGAACGCUGGGCCGUCUAAGAGCUCCAGUGGUAUGUCUGCUGCUUCUGCUAUGAAAGCUCGCCUGUUGCGAAAUGCCUCGCUAGACAGAUUCCCGACCGCGAAACAAGCCAGGACCUCACUGCGUUCCCGGAGGCUCACCAAUAGCACAGCCAACGCCGGACAAAACAUUGUCCCACCGGUUUCAAGCUCCAUACAGCAAGCACCAUCAAACACAGGCGCUCUCAACAGAUCUAUACCCGAGAAAAGUGACUAUACAAACAAGGUUGACCGGGAACAGGGUAGCGGAAUGGAAUAUCCCCCGCGUAGACAGACCGAGACCAGUGCAUUGGCGGAUUUCCUGAAAAAUACCGGCCCUCCAGAGCCUCCUGCCUAUCGAACAUCGCCAACAUUGGAUGACGAGAAGUCUAGUUCGUUUACGAAAUUGUUUACUCGUCGGAAGAAGAUCGAGGUUUAA